AUGAAAAAUGAUCAUCUCCCUGGUGAACCCAGAUUAGAACUGGAAGACAACGGCAUCUCCGAAUAUCUUCGGUCGGAAUUCAUGACUGGGAUCCUAGAUGAUCUUUCCCCGUACCUCUGGCUUGUGGCGACACAAAACAGUGCUCAUGUCUCAUCCCUCACAUACCAGGUUGUGAGAGGGCGGAACAUCAUCAUAACAGAAAAUCCCGGCCUACACCUCGUAUGGAUCUACGACAAAGUCUUCAUCAAACCAAUGCCGAAAUAUCUCUUAUCGCAUGCUUUCUGGCAGUUCUACCUCAUCGACCCAAAUUCAACGAUUCCAGCGCAUCAACGAGAGGGGAUCAAAAAGGCGGCUCUCGGAUUUAUGCGCUCAUACGCCUAUCUUAUACGUCACAAAUCGGACUUCAACCUUGCCACUAACGACGAUCAUCGGCUUCUACCGAAGAAGAUAAAACAUUCCGCCUUCAUCAAGUUCAUUCUGCAUUUCAAAGAUAUACCAGACGAAUCUGUGUCCUCGCGUUACAAAUUCGGCGAACUACGUCUUUCCCGCCUGAACUUCUGGGUCACCAUUUUCCUGGGACACUUCACAUACCAUAAUGUACAUGGGUACUACAGUGCGUACUUUGCACGUUUCUUCGGACCUUUACUCUUCAUUUUCGCACUCUUGAGUGUCUUGCUCUCUGCAAUGCAAGUGGCAUUGGCAGUUGGCCAACCACUCAAUGAUGGGUCAUGGGUGGUAUUUGCUUAUACCUGUCGUGGAUUCGCUACAUCUUCGAUUGUUGGUGUGGCUUUGGCUACGGCAUUUCUUCUCUCGAUGUUCAUUUUUCGAUCUUCGCGUGAGACUAUCUUUGCACUCAAGGAUCUUCAUAGGAAGCACAGAUUGAGGAUGACCGGUAGCAGUCCGUGA